UUUCUUGCCACUGUCGGGCGGCUUCAGGCAGCGGACGCAGCGCGGGCAGCGCCAACAGCGGCAGCGAUGGACCCGUUCACUGAGAAACUCCUUGAAAGGACCCGUGCCAGGCGAGAGAACCUGCAGAAGAAAAUGGCUGAGCGGCCCAAGAUGGGGGCAAGACCCACAAUGCAGAACAAGAGGGUCAGGGAGCCUUUACUAGAAACUGGUAACCAGGCACCUCUUCCUGGUGAUGAAGUGAAAACUGGUACAAAGCCAUCACCGUCAAAGAGGCUCUGCCCUGACAAUAUUGAGACCCAGUCUACCAGUUCAGAGAAUGUACAGCCGGUUCCUUCAAGUUCCACCAGCCCUCAUCCUCCUGAGACAACUUCAGAGCUGCACGUAGCAGCUUCGAACAAGGCUUCCUUGGUUCAGCCUCUUGAGAAAGGAAAAACAGAGUCAGAAACUCCUGCAGCCCUUUCAGUCAAAACCCGUAUGCAGAAAUUGGCAGAGCAGCGCCGCUGCUGGGAUAGCGAAGAUCCCUCUGAAUGUGUUCCUCUGUCUCCCCUCCUGUCAAAAGAUCGUCCUGUUUCUCCACCUAAGCAGACAUCUAAUGCCCUGGCAAGCGAUACCCCUAUUGGGAGAAGAGGCCGUUUAGCUAACCUUGCUGCUACCAUUGGUUCCUGGGAAGAUGACCUAAGUCAUCCAUCUGCAAAGCAAAACAAUGCACAAGAACAGCCUGGCACUACUUGUUUAUCCAAAUUGUCCACUACAAGUGGAGCAUCUGCUAGAAUCAAUAGUAGCAGUGUAAAGCAGGAAGCUGCAUCCUGUUCUCAAAGGCUCGUUGAGGAUUCUAUUAAUAAACCAGUGGACUCAAAGAUAGCGGAUCCAAACAAUUUAACACGGUCCUCAGGAGUCACUGUUCCCUCUUCUAAAGAAUCUGAAGUGAGACAAACCCUAAAAGAGAAUCCCUGCAGCCCUCAGAAAACUGAGAAGUGCACACAAAAAGCAAAAUCAACUUUACCUCCACCAGUUCAGUCCAAAGAAGAGCCAGUCAAAGGAACACAUGUACAACUUGAACCUAAGGGUAAACCCGCAACACCAGGGGGAUCAGGAAUUAAGCCCUUCCUGGAACGCUUUGGGGAACGCUGUCAAGAACGUAGCGCACGGAGCCCUGCUACGAGUACUCCAGGGUGCAAAACACCCAUUGUUACCCCAAAUACAAGGACAAUCCAGGAGAGGCUACUCAAACAAAAUGAAAAUUCCUCUACUGCCAGUUUAGCACUUCAGCUUAAACAGGAACGUGAACGAGAACUCGCAUGCCUUCGUGGCCGCUUUGAUAGGGGCAAUCUGUGGAGCGCAGAGAAAGGUGAAAGCUCAAAAAGAAAACUUCCAGAAGCUAAAAUGGAAAGCCAAUCUCAGGCUAGUCCAAAACAUCAUCCUAGUUCAGAUGCUACAGCUUUUGGAUCAGCAGAAGACACACCAGCAGGUGACAAGCCAGUAAAGUCUCCCACUGUGGAGUCUUCAGAUGCUCCUAAAGGUGAAGAGACUGAUAAACCUAGUCCUCUGAAGAUCACUGACCCAAAGAGCCCUGUAAAAGCGAUGUCUGUCUCAACACUUGAACGUCUUUCUGAGAAACCGAAAGAUGAAGUACACGAAAUCGAAAUGAGUGUGGAUGACGAGAUGAAUAGCUCGAAAGUGAUAAAUGAAAUUUUUGAAGUUCUUCAAGAGGAUGGUCCAGACAUAGAAAAGCUGAAGAAAGAAAUGAGCAUGAGCCUGGAAGGUGAAAGUGAUGAGGAUGAGCAAGAAGAGUCUCUGAAUAUUUCAUCAAUGUCUCUGUUAACCCCUCUAGUGGAAUCUGUUGGUCCAGAGGCCUUUAUUUCUCCUUGUAAGUCAACUGGUGAAGGUAGCAGUAUCAGUGAUGUAAGCCUGACGUCUGAAAAGUUCCAAAGGACUAAAGUCCCCAGGGCAGAAUCUGGAGACAGUAUUGGCUCUAUGUCAGAAGAUCGCAACCUUCCGUAUAGUGUUGAUGCAUAUAGAUCUCAAAGAUUCAAAGAAACCGAUCGUCCUUCAAUAAAGCAAAUCAUUGUUCGCAAAGAAGACGUGUCUUCCAAACUAGAAAUGAGAAAGAACGGCCCAUCUGAUCAAGCCAACAUCAAAAAGAAAAUGCAGGAGCUGAAUAACGAGAUCAACACGCAACAGAAUGUGAUUCAUCAAGCCAGUCGAGCUCUGAACUGCUGUUUUGAUGAGGAACAUGGAAAAGGAUCACAAGAAGAAGCUGAAGCAGAGAGACUUCUUCUCCUUGCAACUGAGAAGAGAACUGCUUUAGUGGAAGAACUGAACAAACUGAAGAGUGAAGGACCUCAGAAUAAAAGAAAUAAAGCUGCUUCUACAUCCACUGAAUUUGCUCCAUCCAGGGGAUCUGUUUCCAUUUCAGAAAUGCGUCUACCUCUAAAAGCUGACUUUGUGUGCGGUACAGUUCAAAAGCCAGAAGCAGCAAAUUACUACUAUGUAAUAAUCCUGAGAUCUGGAGCAGAAAACAUGGUUGCAACUCCAUUAGCAAGUACUGCCAGCUCCCUGAAAGGAGAUGCUCUUACCUUUACUACAUCGUUUACUAUGCAUGAUGUCUCAAAUGACUUUGAAAUAAAUAUAGAAGUUUACAGUUUGGUGCAGAGAAAAGAAGUUGCGAGCACUGAUAAAAGGAAAAAGGCAAACAAAUCUAAGGUUAUCACUCCAAAGAGAUUAUUAACAUCUAUUACCUCUAAAAGCAACCUUCUUACUCCAGCCAUGACCAGUCCAGGUGUCCCCAAUGUACGCUCUACUAACUUCAUCCUUGUUGGAUCCCACAAGCUAUCACUGUCUUCAGUAGGAAAUAGCAAAUUUGCAUUGGACAAGAUAAAUUUUGAAGGGGAGGAAAAAGAACUUUUGGGCUAUAUGUUCCAGGACAAGGUUCCCUUUUUGUCUCCUCUGGAAGGUCAUAUAUAUCUGAAAUUAAAAUGCCAAGUGGACUCCUCCAUGGAAGAAAAAGGGUUCUUGACUAUGUUUGAAGAUGUCAGUGGAUUUGGAGCAUGGCAUAGGCGCUGGUGUGUGCUGGCUGGGAACUGUAUCUCUUACUGGACGUACCCAGAUGAUGAGAAACGAAAGCAUCCUUUGGGCCGGAUAAACUUGGCCAACUGCACCAAUCAUCAGAUUGAACCUGCCAACAGGGAGUUCUGUGCUCGUCCCAACACUUUUGAACUAAUAACUGUCCGACCUCAGAGGGAAGAUGACAGAGAGACACUUGUCAGCCGAUGCAGAGACACGCUCUGUGUUACAAAGAACUGGCUGUCUGCUGAUACAAAAGAAGAACGGAACCUUUGGAUGCAAAAGCUCAACCAAGUCCUUGUUGACCUUCGCAUGUGGCAGCCUGAUGCCUGCUACAAACCUAUUGGAAAGCUUUAA